AUGAGUUCGUCUGCAAAGGUUGGAGAGAUAUUCACAGCUGCUGGGUCGGCUUUUACCAAACUUGGGGAGUUGACCAUGCAGCUGCAUCCUACUUCUGACCAGAGUGCAGGAGGAAUAGGGGGCAAGUGGACAGAACAGGAGCUGGAAAUGCUACGAACAGCUGUCAAGCGCUUUGGUGAAGACCUAAACAAAAUUAGCGAUGUUAUCAAAAGUAGAACAAUCUCCCAAAUCAGGACACAGCUAAAGAGAAAAGCUUAUGAAGAUGCAGGACUUCAGCCCCCAACGGCAUCCACUCCAGUGAAGGCAGCAAAUACCACAAAGGCUGCAGCUAAACAGGCGGUCCAGGCAGUUUCCUCGCAGGUUGUGGCUGAAUCCCACUCUAAGAAACAGAAGACAUCAGAGGUGACUCUUAGUGCCCUGAAUGCACCAGAAGGAGACGUGGACAUUGAAGGGCUCGGAGACUCAAACACUCACAAGAAGCUGGACUUUGAUUCAGAUGUGGACUCCAGCAUGUUAUGA